AUAGAGUUUUUUUUAUAUAUAUAUAUAUUUUCUUUUUCUAUCAAUGACUGCUUUGUUAGUCACUUAUGGGAAUAUUGGAUAUGAAUUUGGAAUACAACCUUAUGGGAUGCCAUCAAUACACGAAAUAACACUUGGGGCAGUUUAUCUUUAAUCCAGCCUACCUACAAGCUGAUGGAAAAUGCUCAAGUUGUAUUAAUUGUGCAUCAAACUAGUUUUUGCAAUGGUAGAAUUGUUACAUUCUGGUUUUCUUUUUAAAUACCUAAUAUGAGAAAAGUGUAUUGAAAGCAUUCUCAUGGUUGGCUCAGGAAGCUGUAAUAGACUAUUAGGAAACAUGUAAAGCACAUCACGCACCACACUGUUGCUCAAAAGGAAGCCACAACUCAAGUGAGUCAGGUUUAGGAUGGUUUUUAAAUAAAUGUCUCCUCGCUUUCGAUUAUCUUUGUGCUCUCUCUUACUCUAUCCUCUGCUAAGUGAUCUAGACUUUGGCUUGCCUAAGGGAAAAUUCACCCUAGUCCCAAGGCACAUCUUUGAAAUUGCAAGCUAUGAGUGUUUCGAACUGCUGGCUAUCUCAUCCUAUAAAACGACUCAGCAGUUUCUUUGCUAACUGAAUCACGGUAUAAUCAUAAUUAUGUGCAGUUUGGUUCUUGGGUGUCUUUAAACUAUUUUAAUUACGCCUGCCUGUGAUAUCUGGCCUCUCCAAAUGCUUGUAAACGGACCCUGCGGAAGUGGGAGAGAAAAAGAAAAAGAAUUGGGUAGCAUGUGGACCUACUCUUUGCAUCUUUAAUGACCAUUCAUCAUUCAUGACCUUGUUUCGACACAGGCACCCCCAGCUGUUUGUGCACAUUCACUGUGUUAGCGACUGAUCCGCAAACAUGAGCGCUACCAAUCCUAGUCCUAUCAUUGCUAGGAAUACUACACAGUUUAAACAGCGCCAAAAAAUACAGAAAGAUCUUGAUAUGACACAAAUGUACCUACUUUCCAGCUCCGUGCUUCCUGCAUCAGCUUCAAGUGGACCUAGAAUAUGGGAAUCUUUAAAACUUCCAUCACUCACCAAUAUGGAAAAUCAAAGGACACCAGGAAGCAUCACUGAACCAGCCUUGUCCAUCCUGGGCCAGAAGCCGCUGUAUGAGACAUUUUCAUACAAAUUCUUUCCUACUUCGAAAAAACACACCUCCUCACUUCCUCGUGAACACACAUACAGACCCCUGCUGGCCUGCAGACCUGUGUAUACACAUUUUUCUCUUCCACUACGACCUCUUCCCAGGAUCAACCGUGUCACUAGCUCAGCUCGCAGCCUUAACAUCAGCCAGUGUGGCCUUCGACCUUUGGUGAAGCAGCAACAUUCACUUGGAUGUCAGGUGGAGAAUUUAUCCAUUAAAGGAAUACCAUGUUUCAGCAGAGCUUUACCCACCAAGGGCCCGAAGCAGCUGCAUGUGUUCCUACCCACUGAGGGCACUGUACACGUAGACGACAAGGACAGUGAGUCUAUUGAUGAAGGUUUCAUGGAUGAGGUGGAUCACAAAUCUGCUUUAAAGCAACAAGAAGGAGAAAGAAAGACACUUACAUAAUCCAAUGCUUCAAAAGUGUUAAGAGCAGAUUUAGUACAACUGUUAAUACCAUGAGUUUGCCAUCAUGUUUAUCAAAGUUAUUUUCAUUAAUGGCAUUGA